AGCCCAAAAUCCUUCCGGUCUCUCGCAGUACGCCUCGCGGGCUUCUGCAAUACAAACCCUAGAUCCACCCCCGGCGGAGAUCGCCGGAGCUCUGCCUCCGGGCUUCGCCCCAUCUUACCUGAUCGGACAUCGCUUGCUGUGUCUCCCGUCUCUCUCGCCGCAGGUAAAAUCCCAAUCGCUCACCGUAAUUCUGUUCUCCUGAUUUUCUAUAUAGUUUCUUUGCGCUGUAUAUUGUUCGUAUUCGUUGAAUUUUCCGUCGAAUUUUUCCCGCGAAAUUUCUCUGGCGGGAGAACUGAAUGAUGUUUUCCGCGAUGCGUUCCUGGGGAACCCUGGUUGGCUUCCUUCAUGGUUGUGGUUUUCUGGCUUGUCAGAUAGGUUUCGGGGUUGCGAUUUUUAGGGGCUAGCGCCUUUUGCCCUCUGUCUCCCGCCGUUUUGCUUCACCGGCGACUCAUCUUUCCCCUAUUUGUUUUUGCUUUUUGUUUCCGGCGGGCUAAGUUAAUGUGGUGUUGCAUUUUACAUUCACCGUGAUGAGUCUACAUAUUUGAACUUCUCUGAACGAUUCGAGUUGUUCGGAUUACUCAGUUCUUGUGAUUAAUAGUGAAGCCUUUUGUAACCUGCGAUUUUAUAUUCGGAUUGUGCAAAAUUCAAACCCGAUUUGAAUGUGAAGAUGCGUAUUAGUAUGUGGUAUAAGCUCUGUUCUUAAAAAUUUUCUUGACACAUGCUAGACAUAACAUUCCAAAGCCCCACUCUUAGACUGACCAAAGUAGUAGCAUGCUAUUCCAGUAUUCCUCCCAUUGAUGCUGCAAAGCUUGCUCCAUCUCUCUUUUGCUGGUCCAUCAUGUGCCAAAGUUUCUAACUGGUUAAUUUCUUGGUGUUGUUUGAUUGAUUGGCCAGUGAAUCAGUUUCUGCUGCAAAAGAAAAAAAAAACAAAAGAUGGAAAUCAACAGUCUCGUGAAUCGCCUGUCUCAUCUCUGCAUCAAGAACCCACACAUCCUCAACGUCCACCCAUUCCUCGGGCAAUGCAUCCCCCAUCCUUUCACCUCCAUGGCGAACGACGUGCUCUCUGCAGGACGCGACAUCAUUCAGAAGAUCCGCGACAACAUAACCUUCAUCAUGGCUUCUGAGUGGCGCGUGGAUAUGUUCUUCGAUCUCAAAGUCCAGCUCCAGGUCCCCGGGGAUGCAGGUUUGCUCUUUGAGAAACCGAGCCAGUGGAGCACGACGUAUGAGAUGCUGCAAUCCGCUUGGGAUACGAAAGAAGUCUUCUCCUGCUUGGACACUCUCAUUCCUGAAUACAGAGAAGCCGAUGCUCCAACCAUGGAAGAUUGGAAUCGAGUUGAAAUCAUCUGCAACCACUUGAAGUCCCUCGUCGACGCAACGAACUCGCUCGCCUCCUCCCCCCCUUGCCCUGCUGCCACAUUGUUACUGAAUGCCAUGUGUGUCCGCUUGCAGAUUGCUCAAUUUGCAGACAGCGGCGAUCAGUUCGUCCGCAGCUUCAUCGACCCGAUGCAGGGGAAGAUGGAGGAGUACUGGAAGCAAUGUGGUGUGGCUCUCGCGAUUGCUGUAGUCAUGGAUCCUCGCUACAAAAUGAAGCUCGUGGAGUUCAGCUUCCCCAAAAUCUUUGGAGACGAGUCCUCUUCUGUCUACGUGAAGAUGGUCGAUGAUGGGGUUCAUGAGCUCUUUGCUGAGUACCUUUCGAUUUCUCCACCACCUCCAUCCACAUCUAAUUACGGCUGCAGUCAGGGAGGGAAUGUUUCGGAGCACCACGGGCUGGCGGAUUUUGAUGUGUUCAUCAUGGAUACGACGACGACGACGAGCCAGCAGCGGUUCAAGUCGGAGUUGGACCGGUAUCUGGACGAGUGGCUCGAGGAUCGGAGCUCCGAUUUCGACGUGGUGGGAUGGUGGAAUCGGGACUGUGUGAGGGUGAGGUACCCGACGCUGUCGAAGAUGGCGCUGGAUAUCUUGAGCAUUCCUGUGUCUACUGCUUGAAAUUGGAGUUUACAGGUCCUAUCUAGAGGGUGUUUUAUUUGUUUAGAGUUUUGACAGUUUUGCUCUAGUUGAUUCCAGUAGGAGAUUCAUUGUUAUUAGUUCAAGAUCGGUUAGGCUCAUUCGUUUGCUCACUCAUUGGAUAAUUUGUAGAGGGGGGAAUAUGAAAAAAUAGUAAUAGAUAGUUGAUUACAAACAUUGAAAAAUAAAAGCGAUAGUCAAUACUAAUUGAACUGUCGAUGAAAGAGUCUUUUUUUGCUACGAAAUGGGCAGCUCGGUUAGUUCCUAAGAAAAAGGUGAUAGAAACACUCAAACCAUCGAAAGGAUACAAACUUUAGAGAAAAAGUAUGGCGUCAGCUUGAUCCGCUCGAGAAGCACGACUCAAAAGAAUAACCUCCAUGGUAACAUUCCAAAAACCGGCACAACAUCAACAACACCACAAUGCCAAUGUUGCCUCCCCUAUUUCGCAGUAGUGCUCCAUUAAAUCUCAUCAAAAGGCCAUCUAGUGGACAGGACAGAGUCUCCACCAAAUGAUUAUUUUGCAAUUGAAACUUCACCUGCAAAAUGAGCAAACAAAAAGGCUCCUACAAGGACGACAAUCCUGACCAAUGAGCCAACAGGAUAACAUGGACACAAGGCACCUUUUCUCCCUUGAAAUAGCGAACUAGGCCAUCGAGAAACUCUAGAUAAUCGGCAUCGAUUACAAACCUAAACUUUUUUUUUUAAUAAAAGGUUACAAACCUAAACUUUUUUUUAUGAACAAACCUAAACUUGAGAUAUGACUAAAAAAAUGGUUGCAAUAAUAGGUGAAAAACGAUGCAAUACAUAGAGAAAUUAAAAUUGAAAAAAAGAACAAAUAAAUAAUAAUACAAAUAUAACUAAUAAAUGUAGGAGGAUAAUUAUCAAAAGAAAACAAAUAAAUAUUACUAAUAACAAUGAAGGAUAUUGAAUAGAUAGGAAUACUUAGCUGAAUCGUCACCUGUUGGCAUCGCCACACAGCCCCGAACAUGUAACCGUCAUGUCGGUGUGUCGGUGGGCACACGUAACAUUUACCACUUCUUUAUGCAUUCAUAAUCUUCCAAUCAAUACAUUCAAAAUUGCAAUCUCUAUGUGGAUUUGUAAAAACGUAAUAGUUUAAGCUUUAAAGCGUAGAUUUAAAAAGUAAGAUUUUACAAGAAGCAUUUUUGGUGAACUAAAAGUAUAAAAGCAUAGGUUUUUGAAUUUUAAACUGCGAUUUUUACUACGUUGCUUCCAAGAGAUAUCCCGAAGGAUCCUGAAGAGUAAGAUGUCUUAAGAAGCAAAUAUCAAUGAUCUUAGAUGAGAUGAUUAAGGUAAACCUCAAUCUCUUUUGGAUUCUAUCUGUUGUUGUCGGUCUUGCUUUUGAUGUGUUGCAAUUAGCUUCGAUCUCCAACUUGAAGGCACAGGCAAAAUUACUCAUAAGUAGAAUCAAUCUCAAGGAGGUAGGAUUGCGAUGUCUAGCUAAUUCCCGUGAGACCUCAUGUAAGGAAAAACUUUCCUCGCUAAUACUAGAUCGAGUAAGACCUGUAUUAAUUUUGUAUUUCCAAGUACGAGAUGACAUGAUAUGCAUGUUUGCAGCUACAACAAACCAAACCAAACCAAACCAAACCAAACAACCCUGACCGGUCCACAAACUAAACGGCACCGUUACAUCGUCGCUUGGGCUUCGCUGGGCCGGUUACAGUAUCAAUAUCGGAGAGGAUACUUCUCCGCUCCGUUUAUACAUAAAUAGAGAGUGAUUAGUUGGACCGCUCCAAAGUCCAAAAAUCAAAAAGAUUUUUUACC